AUGGAGACACCGAUGUCGACACAGGAGCAGCAGCUUUGUCAGCUGCUGCUGGAGCUACCUGUUCGCCACGGCUACCGAUACACCGAAGAUGCAGCCCGAGAGCUGUUGAAUGCCCUUUUUUGGUGCAUGGCCGGCGGCAAGUCCGACUACAUGAACCUUUUCUUCCCGACCGGCGGUCCAGCGCGAAAUGGAACCCUCAAGCUUCGAGAGGCGCAGGGCGCAGUGGAGGGUGCCGAAUACACCGAGGCCGCACGCGGCAAGGCUUGCGGGCACAUAUUCAGGCAGGGCGAGGCUUCGUAUGCGUGCAGGACAUGCAGUGCCGACGACACCUGUUGCCUGUGCAGCAAAUGCUUCGACGCCACCGACCAUACCGGCCACAUGGUCAGGAUCAGCAUCUCGCCUGGCAACAGCGGGUGCUGUGACUGCGGGGACCCCGAGGCAUGGAACAGACCCGUGUUCUGCACCAUACAUUCGAUAUGGGAGGGCGAAGGGAAGGGGAAGGGCAAGGAAGCGCCGGCAUUGCCUGAGGACCUCGUUUCCAACACGCGGAUGACCAUCGGUCGCGUCUUCGACUAUCUGUGCGACGUCGUCUCGUGCUCUCCCGAGCAGUUGCGCCAAACGAAAACAGUCGAAUCCAUCGAGCAGGACGAGAGGAUGUCGAGGCUGUCGCCUACAUAUUGUGGAGGGGAUACCGAGUCGCCAGGGGAGUACGCUGUGCUGUUGUGGAACGAUGAGAAGCACACCGUCAUAGACGUCAGGGACCAGGUGGCUCGCGCGUGCAGCACGACCAUGGCCAACGCCAUGUUCAAGGCCUACGAGACGGACGGUAUCGGGAGGAGCAUUUUGAUGUACGACAAGAGCAUCGAGAAGCUCAUCGAGGUCGCCACCACCCUCGAGAGGAUCAGGGUUACCGUAACCAUCCGGUCCGCUAGGGACACAUUUAGGGAACAAAUGUGUGGCACCAUGAUCGAGUGGCUGCGGGACAUCUCCGGAUGCAGCGUGGGUGAAGACCACCAGCUCCUACGACAGGUCGUCUGCGAGGAGAUGCUCAGGCCGUGGCGCAGAGGGAGCCCGGCGUCGCAUGCCAUUGUCGGUAAGGGCGGGAUUGAUGACGAGGAACUGCUUGACCAGCAAGAUCGAGAAGCGCAUGAAGACUUUUACCUCCAGCAGGCAAGAAUUUUACUGCAGGCUCGCCAGGCAGCCCGUGCAGCCGGCAUGGACACCGCUGGGGGCGAAGGGAGCGACGAUGGAGAGGAGGACGAGGAAGACGGAGACAACACACCGGGGAGCGAUAUGGAGGAAGACGGCGGCGACGACGACGACGACGUCAUGAUGCUUGAUACCCGGGAAGACGGCGAUGUACCCAUGCAGGACUGGCGGCAAGACACAGCACUGGAGGAAGACGAGGCUACAGUCGCUGGUUAUCCGCCUCCGCCACCACCACCUCCGGUUCCCCGUCGCACCGCGCGCGAACGCGAACUCACGCCUUCCGACUCUGAUACAGCAGAACCCCUCAUCGCUCCUACGGUAUACGCAAAAGCCCAUCUAGAAAUCCCCAAGACCCCUGGCCAGACAGGGACACCGGCCUCGCCGCCUCCCAAACCUGGCCAGUACUGGCUGGCUACACCCAGUGGCUACGUGGAGCAAGAAGACAUCCCAGUGGCUGAGGAUCUCUUCGAGCGAGUCCGCCUAGACUGGAUGAUCCUCUUUGACCUCAGGAUGUGGAAGAAGGUGCGCAACGAUCUGCGAUCGCUCUACAUCUCGACCGUGGUCACUAUACCGGAGUUCAAGCGGGUCCUCGGCCUACGCUUUGCCGGUCUCUACACCACCCUUGCCCAACUCUACCUCAUCGGCGACCGGGAGCCCGACCAUUCCAUCAUCAACAUCUCGCUACAGAUGCUAACCACUCCUUCCAUCACCGCCGAAAUUGUUGAACGUGGCAACUUCCUCACCAGCCUGAUGGCUAUUCUAUACACCUUCUUGACUUCCCGACAAGUUGGGCACCCGUGGGACGUGGGGUCGAACGCCGUCUUGUCCUUUGACACCGGCUCUGUCACAAACCGGAGAAUGUAUCACUUCUUCCUCGACCUAAAGUACCUCUUUGGGUCUCCCCACGUCCAAGACCGCCUCAGGACCGAAGAGCGGUACAUGAUGCAGUUCCUGGACCUUGUCAAACUACAUCAGGGAAUAUGCCCCAACGUGCGGGCGAUCGGCGAACAUGUCGAGUACGAGGCGGACGGCUGGAUUAGUGCUUCUCUCGUUACGCGCGAGAUUAACAGGCUAUGCAGACAGUUCGCCGAGUCCUUCCGCAAUGUUAAAGAGCAGGAUACGCCCUACGUCUCGCGAGCGAUCCGCCUCGCCGCAAAGACCGUCAUCAUCAACUCGAUCGGAGCCGAGCGCGGCAGGUUCAGCCAAUCCGAGAUCAAGAAUGAAGUCAGUUUCAAGACCCUCGGCGACUUUGAAUUCGAGAGCCAUGGCCGAAACUUCGACGUUGUCAAGUUUGUGGUGGAAGAGGAGCCCAUCAGUUUCCAUCACGCUCUCCACUACACCCUCUCGUGGCUGGUCGAAUGCGGCAAAACGAUGCCUGUCGAACAGCUCAGGGCGCUACUUAGCUUCACGAGUCAGGAGCUCAUGAUGAAGCCGCGCUCCAUGGGAAAGAAGACGAUGCCGCGAGACGACGAGUACGGCCCAGAGGACUACCUGAUGGCCGUCUUUGACUUCCCGCUCCGCGUGUGCGCCUGGCUCGCCCAGAUGAAAGCGGGCAUGUGGGUUAGAAAUGGCCUCAGCCUGCGCCACCAGGCCGGCACUUACCGUGGCGUCGGGCAGAGGGACGUCUCGCAUCACCGCGACAUCUUCUUGCUGCAGACAGCCCUGGUGAUCUGCGACCCCAGUCGCGUGCUCGCCUCUGUCGUCGACCGCUUCGGCAUGGAGAAGUGGUCCAGGGGCUUUUUCGAGCAAAAGUCCAAGGCUCAGGAUGACAUCCAACACCUGGAUGUCGUCGAGGAUAUGAUACACCUCCUCAUCGUCCUCCUUAGCGACAGAACUUCGCUCAUCCCUGCCGAGGAUUCCCGAAGCGCAUCCCACGUUGCGUCUAUGCGCCGCGACGUCACGCACGUCCUCUGUUUCAAGCCUCUGUCCUUCUCAGAUAUUUGUCUGAAGCUCCCAGAUAAGUUCCAGGAGCAGGAGGAUUUCCACAAGAUACUGGACGAAAUGACAAUCUUCAAGUCACCAGAAGGCCUGACCGACGUCGGCACUUUCGAGCUCAAGCCGGAGUACAUCGAGAAUGUCGACCCUUAUAUCGCCCACUAUAAUAAGAACCAGCGGGAAGAGGCCGAGAUGGCUUGGCGGAAGUGCGUGGCCAAGAAGACCGGCAAGGCGGUGGAAGACGUCGUCUACGAGCCCAAGCUGCGGCCCAUCCCGUCGGGAGUGUUCGCCGGGCUAAGCCAGUUCACAACCACCGGCAUGUUCGCACAGAUCAUCCACUACUCGCUGCUUUACACCCUUGUGUACGGUCGCCUGACGCCCCAGGUCCCGGCCACCCGCGUCGAGACCUUCUUGCAAGUGGUGUUGCACCUAGUCCUCGUCGCCAUUGCCGAGGACAAAUCAGACGAGGACCAACCACAGCCGUCCUUCAUUGCUACCGCCCUCAACCAGCAAGCCCUCACCGUCCUUCUACCUGAACCUCCACAGGCCAAGACGAUCGUGGCCCUGCUGAACUUGAUUGCUUCCAAGGACGAGUUCAAGGCCUGCCACCCGAAGGUGGCCACCAUCCUUCGGCGAAUGCGGCAGAAGAGACCUAAAUCCUUCGAGUUCAGCUACGAGCGUCUCGGCCUUUCCGUUGACCGUAUGGGCACGGCCUCGCCCGCGGCCGGCAGUGGUGACGAAGAGCGGGAGCGUAAGAAACAGGCGGCACUGGACCGUCAGGCGCGGGUCAUGGCGCAGUUUCAGGCCCAGCAGAAGAGCUUCAUGGAGAACCAGGGCGAUAUCAACUGGGGAGAGGUGGAGGACCUCGAAGACGACGAGGUCGUUCCGCCCAUGGAAGAGCACCGGGACUUUUGGAAGUACCCGACAGGCACUUGUAUUCUGUGCCAGGAGGACACGGACGAUCGACGACUAUACGGCACGUUCUCCUACUUCACCGAGAGCAAUAUCCUCCGGCAGACGGACUUGCAAGAUGCCGAUUUUGUGAGGGAGGCAUUCAAUACCCCGGACAACCUCGAUCGAUCUGCGGAGGACAUCCGCCCGUUUGGUGUUGCCCACGAGAACCGACAAGUGGUUCAGAAGGUGAACCAACAAGGUCAGACGUUUGAGACGGAGCGCCAGGUCAUCGGCAAGGGGUUCCCUGCGGAACUCUCUCGCCUCGGGCCAGUCGCGAUUGGCUGCGGCCAUAUCAUGCAUUACCACUGCUUCGAAGCCUACUACGACGCUACCGUGAGGCGACACAACCAGCAGAUCGCGCGACAUGCUCCGGAGAAGACGGCCAGGCUCGAGUUUGUGUGCCCGCUCUGCAAAGCACUCGGGAAUGCGUUCCUGCCCAUCAUCUGGAAGGGUCAAGAGGAGUCGUAUCCGGGGCCCCUGAUGCCGCCCACUCCGUUCUCGUCCUUCCUCGACUCCCAACUUCACUCGGCGUACUACACGCUCGGAGCCUCGCGUCCGCCAGACACGGUACAGAACGCCUUCGCUGCCUACACGGCUCACCACAUGAUCAACAACCUCGCAGAGAAGUCGUCGCAGCUGCUGGACGACGCCUGGGUCGACGUGGGGGCCCAGUCUGUCUCCACGGGCACGCCGUUUAGCGAGACGUUCUCGAUGGUUUCAGCCCCAGAUCAAGGCGGCCGAGGGCCCACCCCCGACGCCAGCACCCCGAUGAGGGAGCUCGUCAAUGUCUAUCGCCGACUUAGGGAUACGCUGAGGGAGAACGGCAUCACGUCUCGCCAUCAAUUUGAGCCCCCCGAGCAGGAUGCCAAUGAACUGUACGGCAGCGACGUUCUGGCGCAAUCCGUUGGGUUCUCCAUUUCUGCCGUGGAGAUUCAGCAGCGCGGCGUAGAGGCUGAGUACGGCAUGACGUUCCUUGAGAAGAUCCCGGACCAGGUUCUCACGCAGCUCCGGAUCCUCAGCGAGACGGUUACCUCCUUCGUUGCUGUCGGGGGGUUGCGCGAGUCCGGUGAGAAUAAGAUCGAUACCGAGUACCGCCGGGAUAGCGAGCGCCAGCACUGCCAGUUGUUUAUCACGCAGUACCUGGGCGAGGAGACGGAGCACACCCGGUUCCCGGCCAACAACUACGCUCCUCUUCUCAGCCAGGACCCGUUCAUCUUCCUCUGCGAAUGCGUCUUUGGUGUCAUUCCGGCGCAGGGGUAUGACAUCGCGCACAUGGUCCGUCUGUGUUACCUGGCCGAGAUCACAAAGGUCGUCUACCACCUCGCCCGCAAUAUGCCCGCAGCGCUGUUUCUGCAGUUCUUGUCCCGCGAAGAGGAUCUGGACCCGUCCAUGGCCAACUUCGUGUCCUUCUGCGAGGAGCUCAUCAAGAUCGACUUGGAUUGCGCUUCAGAACCAGAACCGGGGAUUCAUCGGCCCACGUUGGAUAACAAGGGCUUCGAGCAACCCGGUUUGGAUAGGUGGGAGUCGUGGUACGUCCUCCUGCGCAAGUACGCUCUGACGUUCCUGCGCAAGAGCGUCAUGCUCCUGCACGUCAAGUACGGCGUCAACUUCAACAGCCGCGUGAGCCCCAACCCGGAGCAGCGCGAGCUCGAGCGCCUCACCGAGGCCCUGCGCCUCCCUUCGCUCGACGAGAUGCUCACGGCGCUCACGCCGGCGCAGGGCGUGCGGUACGGUUGGCCCGGCGACACGCCACGGCUCGUGGCCGGGUGGGUCAAGCACCAGACGCUGUGGCCGUACAACGGCGGCGACGAGUCGCUCCCGGGGUCGGCCGUGCUCAGCCACCCGGGCAUCUUCGAGCUGGUGGGCCUGCCCAAGAACUACGACACGCUCAUCGAGGAGUGCACGCGCCGCCGGUGCCCGACCAAGGGCAAGGACCUUACCGACCCCACCAUCUGCCUGUUCUGCGGCGACAUCUUCUGCGGCCAGGCCGUCUGCUGCGCCAAGGAGCUCAAGGAAGGCCCGUACAAGGACUCCCAGAUCGGCGGGUCGCAGCAGCAUAUGCAAAAAUGCCAGAAGAACAUCGGCCUCUUCAUCAACAUCCGCAAGUGCUGCGUCUUCUACCUCUCGCGCCGCUCGGGCUCCUUCAGCAACGCGCCCUACAUCGACAAGUACGGCGAGGUCGACAUGGGCCUGCGCUACGGCCGCCAGCUGUUCCUCCACCAGAAGCGCUACGACUCCAUGCUGCGCAGCCUGUGGCUCGGCCACGGCGUGCCGAGUUUUAUUGCGCGCAAGCUCGAGGCCGAUAUCAAUAAUGGGGGGUGGGAGACUAUUUAG